AGAUGACCUCAUGCGAGAGAAGGAGGAGUCCGACGUCCCGUAGCCUACCUUGGUGGAGCAAGUGGGGAUUGAACUCGUGUGGAGAUACGCUCAGAGUGCUGGUGAAACUUUUAGGACUUUAAUAUCCAUGACAUUUAUCAGGGGCUCUGCAGAAAGGAUUCCAGGAAUCUUGCCAUGUUCAAGGCAGUGCUGAAGAAGAACAGAGAUGGAGGCAAGGGGAGCAAGAAGGAUUCAGGUGACGUUCAUAGCCAUAGUGUCCAAAGAAGAUUCCCGACUGAAGGAAACCCCCAGCCCCAGGGGCCUGGCAGUGGUCUCCCUAAUGCACAGGAUGAAGUUUUCAGGUUAAGCCUUGCCAAGGGAGUGUCCAUGUCGCUCCCCUCCUCACCUCUGCUGCCUCGGCAGUCCUACAUGAUGCCCUUGCGCAGUAACAAGCGAUCACCAGGUCCAGUUAGGAAGCCCAAAUAUGUAGAGAGCCCUCGCGUGCCUUCUGAUGCCAUCGUGUCAGCUCGGAGGAAAGCGACCGAUAACAAGGAGUCGUCCCACAAUGAUCUGCAAGCGGAGAAACAGCCAAGCUCCUCCUCCCCUGCCACUCAGGAACUGAUGACAAGACUGGGCUUUUUACUGGGAGAAGGGAUCCCGGGUACGGCACGCAUACCUAUGGACGACAAGAAUGAAAAGAAGUGCUCUCUGACUAGCCAGGGCAUCAGCCCCUGCUCCACACUAACAAGCAGCACGGCGUCUCCCAGCACUGACAGCCCAUGUUCCACCCUAAACAGCACCGCGAGCCGUCCCCCACUCAGCCGCUCCAGCCCCUGUGGGACCAUCACCAGCCCCAGUUCCACGCUAGAGAGCAAGGACAGUGGGAUCAUAGCCACCAUCACUAGUUCUUCAGAGAAUGAUGACCGCAGCGGCUCCAGCCUGGAGUGGAGUAAAGAUGGCAGCCUAAGAGGCAGCGGUCGCCAUGGCCUGGCACAGAGCGUGCGGGCGGACACCUGCUCUCCUGUGGCCGAAGAAGACUCCAGCAGUGCCACAGCAACACCUGCAGACACCCCAUCCAGGACAGACCAGCAGCACCCUAACAUAUCUGCGGGUGCUCCAGGGCCACCACACCCUCCGAGUCACUCACCUGAGGGACCCAUUGCGUACCCGCCACAGACAUCAGCUUCCCUCAUGAUGCCGAGGCCAAACUCUGUAGCAGCCACCAGUUCCACAAAGCUUGAAGACCUGAGCUUUCUUGAUGAACAGCGCAAUACCCCCCUCCGGACAUCCAUUCGCCUACCCUGGCAUAAUACAGGAGGAAGGCCCCCUCAGGACGCUAAAGCGCGUUUUGCUCCCUACAAACCCGUGGACAUCAUGCUCAAACCUUUGCUGUUCGAGGUUCCCAGCAUCACCACAGAUUCUGUGUUUGUGGGCCGAGAUUGGCUCUUUCAGCAUCUGGAAGAUGUCCUGAAGGCCGGCGAGUCCACAGAGAACCACGGUGCUGUGGUGGUGGGCAGCGUGGGUUAUGGGAAGACGGCCAUCAUCUCCCGACUUGUGGCGCUGAGCUGCCAUGGAGGACGCAUGCGUCAGAUCGCCUCCAACAGUCCCAGCGCCUCCCCGAAAACUGGCCCAGGACAAAGCACAGAACUUCCUCUCAGCCAGCCUCCACAGCCCACUCCACCAUCCAGUGCUGCCAACACACUGAGGACCAGCAGUUGCCCAGGAACUCCCGAGAUGCAGCGGCACAGGGAGGAGGCUGUCAAACGCCUGGCUGCAAAGGUGGUGGCUUAUCAUUAUUGCCAGGCAGAUAACACGUACACUUGCUUGGUCCCAGAAUUUGUGCACAGCAUCGCAGCCCUUCUGUGCAGAGCUCAUCAACUGAGUGCGUACCGGGAGCUGUUGCUGAAAGAGCCCCACCUCCAGAGCAUGCUCAGUCUGCGCUCCUGUGUCCAAGACCCCAUGGCUGCUUUCCGGAGAGGAGUCCUGGAACCGUUGGCCAACCUUCGGAAAGAGCGAAGGAUUCCAGAGGAAGAUUACAUAAUCUUAAUAGACGGGCUGAAUGAAGCAGAGUUCCACAAACCAGACUAUGGAGACACCAUUGCAUCCUUCAUCACAAAAAUCAUUGCCAAGUUCCCCUCCUGGCUAAAACUGGUUGUCACUGUUCGAAUCAACUUGGUGGAGAUCACCAGCCUCCUGCCCUUCUCCAAAAUCUCCCUGGAUGACUUUUCUGACAACAAAGAGAUCAGCAAUGACCUCAACGCAUAUAUCCAGUAUCGUAUCAACGGCAGCAAGGACAUCAUGAACAAUAUUAGCCUGAACGGCAAGGCCGAUCCUAUCACAGUCGGCAAGCUAAGUAGCCACCUGAUCUCCCGCAGCCAAGGGUCCUACCUGUAUCUCAAACUCACCCUGGAUCUGUUUGAAAGAGGCCACCUCGUGAUCAAAGUGCCAGUUACAAAGUCGUGCCUGUUUCACUGGCAGAACUGUACCAGUUACAGUGUAACAUGAAAUUCAUGACCAAUUCAGCCUUUGAGCGCUCACUGCCGAUCCUCAACGUAUCGCUCGCCUCGCUGCACCCCCUGACUGACGAGCAGCUGUUCA